UCGGAAUAUAAUGUGCAACUGUUCGCUUUGAUAGUCCAACCCACGCCAUCCCACGCAGUUUGUGGCGGCAUAGUUAAGACGAUGGACAGGAUACAGGGACGUGGAACAUUCCAUUAGUAUAAAAUAAAGUUCAUAAUUGGACAAUUUUGGACGUCGGAAACGUGGGUACACCCAUCCACUCUGCACCCACCACACAUCUCUACCUUGGACCGUUUUAGUGUACCAUCCCCCUUGACAGUAUCCGUACCACCAAUCGAGCUCGACCAUUUCCUCUCCUGUCUAGAAACUUGGGGAAUCUCGCUGAUUUCGGCGUACACCACCUCAUAACAGACGCCAUCUUAUCACGCUCUGCGUGCUGUCGAAGCCGAGGACAGAGAGAUUGCAAAAUUAGGAGCGCAACAACCGAGUCAAAACUGUGACUCUACGCUUCUUGAGAUACAAUGCCCGCCUUCAACCUCGGCGAGUCUAUCCCGCCGCACACGGAGCAUGCGGUGAGUGUGUCACUACCAACGUGGAGAGCAAAUGUUGGUUAUGAAGAAGGAGAGGACUGGGUUGUUGGCAGUAUGACCACUGGUUAUCCUCGCUUCUUCAUCCACAGGAGCAUCCAAGCUUUUGCCAAAGACAUUCUGGAGAAAAUUGGGCGGAAAGGGCUGGUUGCUUUUCUGUUCCCAACUCGUCAGGUUGCUGCCCGGUGUGUGAGCUUUGUCAAAUUACGCGCUCUUCCUGCCAUCGUGUCAUCUCUUGAAGUUCUGCAUCUGGUUCUUGACCCGGCAAACCCGCAGUCCAAGGCUCUUCGUGGGCUAUCUCCCUCUAUCUCGGCCGUCAUCUGCUCUCCCGAGGGUUUCAGUUUUCUGAAGCAGUAUUGGCAGCACACGGGCGAUGGUGUCUCUAGCCGCAGGGCAGAGUUCUGUCACAGUCUCUUCAAGGAUGGUCUGUUGCGUGUGGAUGAAUCCCCCAAGAACACGGCUGCGCCCAUGAGCCCAAAGCCAUGCAGAGGACCAAAGCGUUACCAACGAAGGGGCUCUCUCGACGCAGGAAAGCCAUCAACCACAUCCCAAACGUCAACAACCGUCCCUGACAGAGAGGAGACGUCGCGAUUCUUGGAGGAGCGCUUCGGUCGGAACCUGGAUGUUUCUUUUGUUGAGCCCGCCAAAUCGGCCAUCAAACGGCGAAUUGCCGGGGCGCUCAGAAGCGAUCGUGAACUAACAGCUAGCCCGGUGCCCGAAAAGGAGAUGGAAUCUAAUACCCGUGGUGUUGUCAACCUCCGCGAGGACGACAUCUAUCUUUUCCCAGCCGGCAUGAACGCCAUCUUUAACGCUCACCGUGCCCUUCUUGGAGCGCGUGGAGGUCUCAAGUCGGUCAACUUCGGGUUCCCUUAUGUUGACACCCUCAAGAUUCUUGAGAAGUUUGGCCCUGGAUGCGUCUUCUACGGCAAUGCGUCCGAGGCCGACCUUGACGACCUCGAAGCUCGGCUGAAAGCAGGCGAGCGCUUCCUGGGGCUCUUUUGUGAAUUCCCGGGCAAUCCGCUCCUCACUUGCCCCAAUCUUGCCCGCAUCCGCGAGAUGGCCGACAAGUACGACUUUGCCGUCGUGGUGGACGAAACAAUCGGGACCUUUGCCAACAUCAACGUUCUCCCCUUCGCCGAUAUCGUCGUCUCUAGCUUGACCAAGAUCUUCUCGGGUGACUGCAACGUCAUGGGAGGCAGUGCCAUCUUUAACCCAAACAGUCGAUACUACUCUGCGUUAAAAGACUUUGCCCGCACGGGGUACGAGGACACAUACUGGCCCGAGGAUGUCAUGUUCAUGGAGCGAAAUAGCCGGGACUUUGCGUCUCGGAUUGAACGGAUCAACGCCAACGCUGAGGCCAUCUGUGAUGUGUUUCGUGAGAACAAGCUCAUCAAGGCGGUCUUUUACCCGCGUGACAACGAGUCCAGCGCCAACUACGAAGCCUGCAAGGUUCCUGGUGGAGGGUACGGCGGGUUGAUCUCGGUCGUGUUCCACCGCAAGGAGCAGGCUGUUGCAUUUUAUGAUGCUGUUGACACAGCCAAGGGGCCAAGCCUGGGAACCAACUUCACGUUGACAUCCCCCUAUGUGCUUCUGGCUCACUAUCAAGAGUUGGAAUGGGCGUCGCAAUUUGGUGUUGACCCUGAUCUGAUCCGCAUCAGCGUCGGGUUGGAGGACACUGCUGAAAUUGUAAAGGUGUUUGAAGCUGCAUUGCAUGUAGCAGAGCACGGCUCGCAAUAGGCAGUUCCGUGUAGAACGCAUAGAAUUUGAAAGCAACAUCAACCAAAGCCCCCGUAAUGCUACCAUACCCAAUUCGCUCAAAAC